AUGAAUUGCAAUACAGAUCCCUAUCAGCUAGGCCGACAGUUCCAGCGCUUCCGCCAAGAUAACCCAGAUGACACCCGCGCCAUCUGGACCGAGUACGACCUCUACUACUUCACCCUCUGCCCUGUCUCCGCUUCCGAAGAGGGAUAUCCUCUUGAAUGGCGAUACGAUGCCGUGCGCUUACGAUCCAGCCGAGCCCAGUGGAGGACUCUGAUGGCGGGCCGACAUCCUUAUGAUGAUGUCAUGGAAGAGUGGCUUUCGAGCUGGCGACAGCCAAUCAUUGAGAAGUGGCGUCAGGACAGAGCUGCGGGGAGGGGGUUUUGGAAGCGGUUCUGGGGGCCUUUUUCAAGGUGA